CACUUGCUCUUCUCUCGGCCGCCUCUUCUCAUCCACUUGCUCUCUCUCGUCACCGCUGCGGCACUUUCUGCUGUCUCGUUUGGCCGUUCCUCCUGGCCUGCGCGCUCUUCGUCACCGUCGUCCUCGCUGGCGUCGCGGCUGCUGCGUCGAGCAGUCUCUCCUCGCCUGCUCGCUCUCCCGCAGCAGCCGUCAUGGCGUCCGCCGACCUCUGCUCGCGGCUGCAGAACGGCGCCCUGGCACGGCUGCGGUCUGUGCCGCUGCCCUCGUCGCGCGCCGCCUCGUCGCUGCUCUCCGUGCUGCUGGCCCAGGGCUUCCUGCACUCCGUCUCGCGCGGCUCGCCCGCGGGGCCCAACCCGGCCGCCUUCCGCACCGCGCCCGUGCCGCAGCGGCGACUGUGGGCGGACCUGAAGUACGAUGGCGAGGCGCAGCCGGUGCUGCGGCAUCUCAACGUCGUCAGCAAGCCGAGCAAGCGCAUCCGCCUCUCGCCCGAGGAGCUGCUGCGCCUCGUCACGGGCCGCCGCGCGCAGUUUGUGCCGCCACUUGGCCUCGGCGAGAUUGCCAUUGUCGACUGCGGCGAGGCGGGCUGGUGCGAGGCGCGCGAGGCUAUUCGUCGCGGGCUCGGAGGCGAGCUUGUCGCUCGGGCUGGCUGAGGUGAGUGCUGAGACCGGUGUGUCCCGCGAGCGGCGGGACGUCGGUGAGAGGUGUACUCUCUGUACUCGCGCAGCGAGUCGCCAUCUCUCUGCACCUCUGCGUGCACGCGCCCACAGAGCAGUGCUCUGAACAUCGCACAGAGCAGAAAAGCUAGCUAGAGUCUCGUUGCUGACACUGAGUCUUGCAGCAUGCCGCCAGCACAAUCAAAACUAGAAGGGACGGAGAGGACAGAUGGGAUGGAGGGCUGCUGCGCAUCACGCACGUGGUCAUGAUGCUGUGCAGCCUGGUACACGACGCCGCUUCCGCAGCCGCUCCAC